GACAGACAGCCUCUGGUGAGAGGACAACCCUGCUGCCACGCAACUAGUGGGUGGGAGAAGCAAACAUUCGUUCCUUGGGUCGCUAUCUCCGACUCCCGUUUAUUUCAGUCUGUUAUCCGGAGAGCGUUUAGGCGAGAUGAGCGGUAGACUCGGAGAUCUUAGCCCGAAACAAGCCGAGGCUUUGUCUCAGUUUCGCGAGAAGGUCCAAGAUGUUCUACCUCAGUUUCCAUCUCAGAGCGACCACUUCCUGCUGCGCUGGCUUAGAGCCAGAAAUUUCAGCGUGCAGAAAGCUGAAGCAAUGCUGCGAAAGCAUUUGGAGUUCCGGAAACACAUGAAAGCUGACACUAUUGCAACAGAUUGGAAGCCCCCUGAGGUUCUGGAGAUGUACCUCCCGGGGGGCAUGUGCGGAUAUGACCGUGAGGGCAGCCCCGUAUGGUACGACGUCAUUGGGCCCGUGGAUCCCAAAGGCCUCCUGCUGUCCGCCUCCAAGCAGGACUUCGUCAAGUGCAAAGUUCGUGAUUGUGAGAUGCUGCAGAAAGAGUGUGACCUACAGAGCCAACGGCUGGGUAAACAUGUGGAGUCCAUCACAAUGAUCUACGACUGCGAAGGUUUGGGCCUGAAGCAUCUGUGGAAGCCGGCGAUAGAAACGUAUGGAGAGGUCCUGACUAUGUUUGAAGACAAUUAUCCUGAAGGACUCAAACGAUUAUUUGUGAUAAAAGCACCAAAACUGUUUCCUGUAGCCUAUAAUCUGGUGAAGCACUUUCUGAGUGAAGACACUCGGCACAAGAUCAUGGUUCUGGGGUCGAAUUGGCAGGAAGUGCUCCGAAACCACAUCGACCCCGAGCAUCUCCCAGCCGUUUACGGGGGGGAGCUGACCGACCCUGACGGUGACCCCUGCUGCAGGACCAGGAUUAACCAGGGCGGGCAGGUGCCCAAGAGGUACUAUGCACGGGACUUCAUUAAGGUCCAGUAUGACCAGUGUGUGUCUGUGGGACGAGGCUCCUCCCACCAGCUGGAGUAUGAGAUCCUGGUGCCGGGCUGUGUGCUCGGGUGGCAGUUCACCUCUGAGGGUGGGGAUGUGGGGUUCGGCAUCUUCAUAAAGAAGAACCGGGGUGAGUGGAUGAAGGCAGGACAGAUGCUGGAGGUGCUGCCCAGUCAGCGCUACAACGCCCACCUGGUGCCUGAGGAUGGUUCCCUCACCUGUACAGAAGCAGGAGUGUAUGUGCUGCGAUUUGACAACACAUACAGUAUCUUCCAGUCCAAAAGGGUGAGCUUCUCAGUGGAAGUGCUCCUGCCCAGUAGGGACAGUCAGUCACAUCCUGAGACAAGCAGAACGUCAAACCACAAGGCCCCCAUCAGCCAAUAGGAUGCGACUAUGGAGCUGGCCAUUUAGAGGCAGUCCCUGGAGAGCAAUCCAGCACUUACCUAUGUAGCUUAUCUAUGUACACUGUAUUUUCCAGAAAGUUGUGAAGCUAUAAUGUGGACAAAUGGAUGAAGAAGUAAAACUGCUGCUCUCAGGAAGAAAGUAUGUCAAUUUAGUGAGUAACUUCUUCAUUACCCUGUUUGAAAAAAAAUAUUUGCACUUUUGUGCUUUAGCAUCUUGCAAAACAUGGCAGCAGUUUUCAACCGAUGCAUUCCAGAUAACGUAGGUUUUUAUAUGUUUCUUCUGGCUAGAGACCUUUCUGUACAGCUGGGCUAAUAGGAGCUGUGCUUGUAUUAGCUGCUUAUUUUAGUGUCCAGGCCAGAAGAGAGUUUACUUCACCUACAUCAAUGAAUGUAAAGAAACACAAAAACAUUACUUUUUGAGGGUAAUAUAAGUAGAGAGACACAGAGUCUUUUAAAUAGCACUUGACCGUUGUAGUCAUUCUUGGUAUUUCCUAUAGUACAUUGUGACUGUACUCGCUCAUUUAACAGAGACUGAAUGCUGGAGUCUGGAUAAGACUUUAAUGUGGUACCUAUGGUAGAGCUCAUGAGUGUAAUUUUAUCUUAAAAAUACUAAACUUUUCUUCAAAUAAUUUAUAUGCACUACUGUAUCAAAAAGUGCCAGCUUAUAAAGGUUUUAGCUCUGCACAUAAAACAGUGUUGCCUGAAUAAUAACAUAACUGUUGGCAUGUACAAAACCAGGCUGUUUGUCUUCAGCUUUUCUGGAGUUGUGAGAAAUAUUAAGAAGCCUGACUCAAUGACGAGAGUGAGAUGUUUCCUGAAGCCAGUCUUGCUCCUCGUGUUCAGUAGCUUUGCCCUGGAACAAUACCACAGCGUGGUCGAAUGAGCUUUUAAAAAAGAUUACUUAAUCAUGUAGCCAAUUAUAACAGCAGUGUACUAAAACCAAAGUUUAGCAUAGCCUGCAAGUAAUUUUCUUUUUGUCUGAUCAGCAUUGAUUCAUAAGCUCCAAAUUUGAGAGGAACUAAGCCAAAUAACUUAAUAAUCCUGUGUGUUCCACAGCAAAUUUCUUGGUUUUUUUUCUUUCCAUUGUGUUACCGUCCAAGUCGUGAGCGGCACUAAAAAUGACCUCUCUUAAAACAGUGCUUUGUUUGUCAGCUAUGUACAUCAUACUGUAAUAUUACUGUUCUGUUGGUUGAUGAGACUAUUUCAAGUUGGCAUGUUUUCUUUGACACCAAGUGUCUGUUCUUAUCAUUACAUGCUGUUUUUUUUUUCUAUUAAUGAUUAAGUGCACAAGGUGCUUCCUUGUCCUUUAAGGCAAAAUUGGUAUACCUCUGACUGUGGCCUGCGAUGGAAUCUGCCCGGUGUGCAUAUUGUUGUGUUCUUGUAAUGCAUAAAUUGCCUUAAUUUUCAACUACUUCAAUAAUUAAACUGAUAUGAACCAA